AUGGCACAGAUUCUUUCUAGUUCAGACGACCUGAUAUCUCAAUUUCAAUUUGAAAGGCUUCUAAAUCAAGGCAAGCGACGACACAACCAAGGAGGUCGCCGUAUCGUUCUCCUAGGGAAGAUUGGCUCUGAGGCUGCCAUCUUACUCGCCGAACGAGCUACCUUUCCGACUUCUCCCAUUGCCUUAAAAACACUCCUCUCUUCUCUCACCGGGAUUGAAAAUAUCGGCGCCAACGACAUUUAUUCAUGGUACCUCGCACGCACAGGAUCGGGCUCGGGCUUGCCCUCAACACCAGAGCCAGGAGCUGUUGUUGGAGCUGGUGCUACUGGUGCCGAUGUCAUUGGGGCAGGUGCUGCAGAGGUGCCUGGCAAGUCAACGCAAGAGAAGACCGAUGAGGAUGCCGCACACCAUGACCUGAAAAUUAAUAUAAUCUACCCUUGCACACCACAGCAUAUUGCCAAAUACACUUCGCAGGGAGUCCGUAUGGUCACUGAAACCCCCCACAUCUACCGCGACUAUAUCCGGCCGUACAUGCAGUCGAAGCGUGAAGCGGGCAGGCUCAAUUGGGUUUUCAACAUUAUCGAAGGCCGAACGGAGCAGGAGGACGUUAUUUACAGAGAACAUGGAACCGAUGAGGGUUUCUUGGUUCUGCCGGACUUGAAUUGGGACCGUAAAAGCAUGGAAAGCCUGCACCUUCUGGCUCUCGUUGAACGUCGGGAUAUCUGGUCUCUUCGGGAUCUGCACAAGCGCCACCUACCAUGGCUAAAGCAUAUGCGGAGCAAACUUCUCUCUGCGACGUGCCAGCUGUAUCCGACCCUCGAGCCGGAUCAAUUGAAACUCUACGUUCACUAUCAACCCACGUAUUACCAUUUCCACAUCCAUAUUGUCAAUGUCGCGCUCGAGGCUGGCACCACGCAAGCUACAGGAAAGGCAUUCGGACUGGAAAAUCUCAUCAGCCAGCUUGAAACGCUCGCCGGCGGCGACGAAGCCAGUAUGGCUGACGUCAGUCUCACAUAUUUCCUCGGCGAAGCAAGCGAGUUGUGGACCCAGAUAUAUUUGCCUUUGAAGCAGAAAGAGAGCCAACAGAAGGAGUGA